CGCACACACACGCACACACGACGCACACACGCACACUGGCAGCUUUGUCUACAACAACAAAUGUAAGACACUGACAUUUAUUGACGUGAUUAAUACUGUUAUCUUGUUAUCUAUUGGGUCAUAUCGGUCUGCAUGGUUGUGAGCAUUACCAGUCAUCGUGCGUUUGAAGUGUUACGCGUUUUACGUUCCUCCUUCUCAACUCAAGCAGACGGCAAAGAUGAUUCAUAACCUGAUAGUUUGACAGCAACACCCACUUCAGUGGGACGACUGCCAUUUCUAUUUCAACACGACUUUGUCCUAGAGCUGAAACGUCAAAAUGUUGGCCCCAGAUAUUGGCUCUACUAAUGCUGAUGCAGAGUCUUCAGUUGAAUCUGGCACAAACUCGAGAUCUCGAGAGAAAGCUCCUCUCUUGUCGAAGCGGCGCUUCUUUAGUGGCCUGCAGAAUAUGUUUGGUGUGUCAGCAGCAACAUCGACUGCCAACAAUGCUGGUGAAGGCUAUGUGGAGUUUGGAGUCAUUAACUCAGAUCCCGGUCGGACUUUGGGCACAUUUGCUGGAGUAUUCAGUCCAGUUGCCCUAUCAAUGUUUAGUGCUUUACUUUUCUUGCGAGUUGGCUUUAUUGUUGGUAAUGCUGGUUUGCUCAUGACACUGUUGCAAUUUGCAAUUGCAUACAAGAUUCUUGUGUUUACUGUUGCUUCAGUUUGUGCAAUUUCCACCAAUGGAGCAGUGGAAGGUGGGGGUGCUUACUUUAUGAUUAGUCGCACUUUAGGUCCAGAAUUUGGUGGAUCCAUAGGAACCCUUUUUUUCUUUGCUAAUGUUGUAAGCAGUGCUCUCUACAUCACUGGUUGUACUGAAGGAAUCAUGCAGAAUUUUGGUCCAUCAGGAUACUUUGUGGGAGAAGGUGGUGACCUUUUACCAGAUGGUAAAUGGUGGAGAUUUUUGUAUUGCACCAUUUUGAACAUUCUAAAUCUUGGUGUGUGUCUUAUUGGUGCAGGCAUGUUUGCUAAAACAAGUGCUUUAAUCUUAGCUGUUGUUUGUGUUUGUAUUUUGUCAACUGUGGUUAGCUUCUUUGUUAAAGACGCAAUGCAGGUUGCCUUGCCAGAUUCCAACCAUUUGGUUCCUGGUAAUACCACCGGCACAUUCACAGGCCUCAACUUGAAUACUUUGAACAACAACACUUGGCCAAAUUAUGGGAGAGAUUACACCACAAGUGACGGAGUGUUGACCCAAUUUGCAUCAGUUUUUGGUGUACUAUUCAGUGGCGUUACUGGCAUAAUGGCUGGUGCAAAUAUGUCAGGAGAACUGAAGGAGCCUGCACGAAGUAUUCCUACAGGAACAUUGUCUGCUGUUGCUUUCACCUUUGUAGUAUACCUCUCUCUUGCUGUGUUAACGGCUGCAAGUUGUGACACCAUCUUACUUCAGAACAACUACUUGUUCAUGAUGCCAAUAAACGUUUGGCCCCCUUUUGUGGUCAUAGGAAUUCUAACGGCAACAUUUUCUGCAAGCUUAAGCAAUUUGAUUGGGUCUAGUCGUGUUUUGGAAGCUCUCGCCAAGGAUAAUGUGUUUGGAUCUGUGCUGAAGUUUGUGUCCCGGGGUGUGUGGGGUAACAACCCCAUAGUAGCUGUUCUUCUGUCUUGGCUCUUGGUCGAGGGAAUUCUACUAAUUGGCUCUUUAAACUUGAUUGCUCAAAUCAACUCAGUCUUGUUUUUAUUGUCUUACCUUGCUACAAACAUGGCAUGCUUAGGUCUUGAACUUGCAUCAGCACCCAACUUCAGACCUUCAUUCAAGUGGUUCACAUGGCAUACAGCUUUGAUUGGUUUGCUUGGAACUUUAGUGAUGAUGUUUGUUAUCAACCCCAUCUACGCAUCCUCUAGCAUCUUAAUGUGUCUCUUGUUGUUCAUCAUGCUACAUUUUUUCUCACCGUCUCGGGAUGCUCAUUGGGGGUCCAUAUCCCAAGCUCUUAUUUUCCAUCAGGUUCGCAAAUAUUUGCUUAUGCUUGAUUCUCGAAAGGAUCAUGUCAAAUUCUGGAGACCUCAAAUGCUGUUGUUAGUCAACAAUCCUCGAGCAGCAUGCCCUUUGAUUCAUUUUAUUAACGAUCUGAAGAAAGGUGGACUUUAUGUACUUGGACAUGUGAAAGUUGGAGACUUUUCCACGCUAGACUCUGACCCAACUCUUGAGGAAGUCAGUCACUGGCUGUCUAUUGUUGAUCACUUAAAGGUAAAGGCAUUCAUUGAGCUCACUGUUGCUCCAUCUGUUCGAGAAGGACUACAGCACCUCAUACGAAUAUCUGGUAUGGGAGCCAUGAAACCCAACACCAUAGUCUUGGGAUUUUAUGAUGAGCAGGAACCUGUAGACUUCUUCGAAAGAACUCAGUCACGUUACAAAACAAGAGACUUUGAUAAUGUAUCAGUCUCCAGCUCAACAAGUGGCAAAUUGUUUGAGUUAAGAACUAGAGAACAUGCUCCAAGAUUCAUCGACCAGCAGCAGUAUGUGGGAAUGAUCAAUGAUGUACUAAAGCUAAAGAAGAACCUUUGUAUUUGUCGCCACUUUCAUAAACUUGACAAAAUCGCUGUGACGAAGACAGGACAGUUCAAGCAUAUUGAUGUCUGGCCUAUAAAUCUCUUUAAUCCAGAUGAUGAUGAUGCAUUUGACACCAGCAGUCUUUUCAUGUUACAAUUAGCAUGCAUUCUGAAUAUGGUUCCUGGAUGGAAACAUUUGACUCUCCGUGUGUUUCUCCUGGAGAGUGGGAAUCAACGUCGAAGGAAUGAACAUCGUCUUAGGCAGCUGUUACAGCAGCUACGCAUUUCUGCCAGCAUUUAUCAGGUUGAUGGCUGGGUAGAAAAGUUGCAGCUACUCCAAAGGAAUGGUGGAAGUGUUCUUCCUUCUGCUGUUGACAAUUUUUCAACAAAGCAAGAAUCGCAGGAUUAUAUCAAAAGUGUUAACGGAAUGAUCAAACAGAACUCUCUACAGUCUGCUGCCUUGUUCCUGUAUCUACCAUCACCGCCUGCUGUUGCCCCAGGACAUGCAGAGUCCAGUGCAUUACAGCAGGAGUAUUUGCAACUGUUAACAAAACUUACCAAUGAUCUGCCUCCUACUGUUUUUGUCUAUGGUGUCAGUGCAGUAACGUCCACUACUCUUUAA